UGAAAUUGUACGGGCUGGAUUAAGGAAUCCAGUCAGGGUUGUAGUUAAAGUUGAAGACGUUGUAACAAAAAAUGAACAGAGAACGCCUGCUACAUUACAAAUUGGAUAUAUUUUGUGUGAACCACAUCAAAAAUUAUCACAAUUAAUAAGAUUGAUGAAAAGUGAAAAAGUCGCAAAAAAAUACAUAAUAUAUUUUUCUACAUGUGCAUGCGUUGAUUAUUUUUACAAAAUAUUUGUAAAAUUACCACAAUUUAGUGGAGUGUCAAUUCAUUCACUUCAUGGAAAAAUGGAUACUAAAAGAAGAACAGCAAGAGGAUUAGACGUGCCUGAUGUAGACUAUGUUAUACAGGUAGAUCCACCACAAGACCCCAAAGUAUUCUCACAUCGUUGUGGAAGAACUGCAAGAGCUGGUAAGGAAGGGAAAGCGAUGGUAUUCUUGGGAAUUGGACGUGAAGAAGUUUAUAUAGGUGGGAGUUGUAACUCAACAGUUUUUCAUUCAUAUAUUUUAUCGAAUGGAAAAAAUCUCACUACUGUUGAAAGAGAUGAAAAUGAUCAAGAAAUUUUUGAUAAAUUUACAUCUAAAACGCCAAAAGAAAGUAAAACUUUGUCAGAUAUUAUAAUGGAAAAAAUUGAAUCACAGCAAAAUUCGAAAAAGCAAAUGUCUUUAGAUAAGGAAUCAUCAUCAACUGUGAAUCCAAAAGUUGUUGAAGUUUACUCAAAAGUUGGUACUUUGUUAAGUGGGUAUAAAUCUGGUAAGAUUCCAAAAGCCUUCAAAAUUAUUCCAUCACUACCAGAUUGGGAGGAUAUAUUAUAUCUCACAAAACCUGAAAAUUGGACUCCACAUGCAACAUUGCAGGCAACUCGUAUUUUUGUUUCUAAUCUGAGUGAUAAACAAUCUCAAAGAUUUUUUGAUAUUGUACUUUUGGAUAAAGUUCGUGAUGAUAUAAAAGAAAACAAAAAACUUAAUCCUCAUUUAUAUAUGGCAUUAAAAAAAGCUUUAUAUAAGCCAGCUGCAUUUUUCAAAGGAAUUUUGUUUCCAUUGUCAGCAAUUGUUGGUAGUGUAAUAUCUAAAGUUAGUAUCCCGAUGCUUCAUUCUUCAGCUGCACUAUUACGAUUGGCAGAAAUGGAUUAUACUGGUCCCAGCAGUUUAUUUAUUCGCAUUUUGCUUGAUAAAAAAUAUGCAUUACCAUACAAAGUUGUAGAUGCUUUGGUAUUUCAUUUUGUUAGAUUUAAAAACGAUGAAAGGAAAAUGCCUGUAUUAUGGCAUCAAUCUUUUUUAGUAUUUGCACAAAGAUAUAAACAAGAUUUGACACCAGAGCAGAAAGAAGCACUGUUUGAUGUACUUAAAUCUAAAUUGCAUGAACAAAUCACACCUGAAAUUCGACGAGAAAUUGCUAACUCUGUUGCUCGUGAUGAAAUCAUCCAAGAUUUGAUCUACAUUGGUUGCUCAAAUAUUUUUGAUAUUAUUCCAAGAUUUAUAAAUAAAUUACAUAUUAACAAAAAAGAAGAUAUGAGUUCAGGACUUCCUUGGCUUGAAAAAUAUCGACCAGUAGUUUUAGAUGAUAUAGUUGGAAAUGAAGAUAUUGUUGAGAGGCUGAAGGUGAUUGCAAAUGAUGGUAAUAUGCCACAUAUGCUUUUAUCUGGAGCACCAGGUGUUGGUAAAACUACUAGUAUUUUAUGUCUUGCGCGUGCAUUAUUAGGAGAUCAUUAUAAUAAUGAUGCUGUGUUGGAACUAAAUGCAUCCGAUGAUAGUAUGACAAUUGGUGCACAACAAUCUCUUCGUCGUAUUAUAGAAUUAUUUUCAAAGACAACUAGAUUUGCACUUGCAUGUAACAUAUCAAACAAAAUUAUUGAACCAAUUCAAAGCAGAUGUACUAUAUUUAAAUUUAAAAAAUUAACAGAUGAUAUGAUCGAAAAAAGAUUAUUAGAAAUUUGUAAACAUCAAGAUGUAAAAUAUGUUCCUAAAGGUAUUGAUGCAAUCGUAUUUACAUCAGAAGGUGACAUGCGACAAGCUAUCAAUAAUUUACAGUCAAUUUUCAAUGGAUUUGGAAUAGUUACUGAAGAGAACGUCUAUGUGAAUUGUGAUGUGCCACACCCACACUUAUUAGGUGAAAUUCUUGAUGAUUGUUUAAAUGGAAAUGUAUCAGAGGCUAUGGAUAAAAUGACAAACCUUUUACAUAAGGGACAUAGUGCUGAGGGCAUUGCCACUACUCUGUUCAGGGCAUUAAAGACAAAAAAUGAAAUAAACGAAGCAAUGAGAUUGGAAAUUAUAUUUGAAGUUGGAACGGCACAUAGGAAAAUUUUAGAAGUUUCUGACAAAAAUUAUAAUUCUGCUAAUUGGUAUCACUAA